AUGGCCGACACACAGGACAAUCGGCCUGGCGAGGAGGAAGAUGAGGAGGAGGAGAUUGACGAUGCCAGCUACAAGACUAUCAAAGAUGCCGUUCUCUUUGCCAUCGAUAUCAGCGCAUCCAUGCUGGAACGUCCCCCGCUAUCGGACGACAAGAAAGCCGAACGCGAUUCUCCGGCAUCUGCUGCCCUCAAAUGUGCAUAUCAUCUCAUGCAGCAGCGCAUCAUCUCGAACCCAAAAGACAUGAUGGGUAUACUAUUGUACGGGACAGAGAAGACGGACCUGAAGGAUGGUGACAACACCUUCCAACAUUGUUAUCUAUUAGCAGAUCUGGACGUACCAAGCGCACAAGACGUAAAGCAGCUGCGAGAUCUGCUAGAGAAUGAGGGAGAGGCGCAGGAGAUUCUGAAGCCCGCAAAAGAAGCACCCACCAUUGCCUCGGUGCUGUUCUGCGCAAAUCAAAUCUUCACAACAAAGGCUCCCAAUUUCUCUUCACGAAGACUCUUCCUGGUCACUGACAACGACAGCCCGGCCACGAUCAAGCAGGACAAGGACACGGCAAUAACACGAGCCCGCGAUUUGUAUGAUUUGGGAUGUACAAUCGACCUGUUCCCGAUCUCAAAGCCAGACCACGGCUUCGAUCGGACACGGUUCUAUGACGAUCUGGUAUAUCCCACGUCUCCAUCAGAUCCGGACGCACCUGUAGCAAUUCCAACCACUACCAAAGUCGCAAAGAGCGGCGAUGGCCUCACUCUUCUUAAACAGCUUCUUUCUUCAAUAAAUUCCAAAGCUGCGCCUCGAAGAGCGCUGUUCAGCCUCCCGCUUGAGCUUGGACCGGGUCUGCGAAUUGGUGUGAAAGGCUUUAUCUUGAUCAAGCGCCAAGAGCACGUCAAGUCGUGCUACGUCUGGGUCGGCGGCGAGAAACCGCAAAUCGUACAAAGCUCCACAUCGCACAUGGCUGAUGACACAGCCCGCGUAGUCGAGAAGACCGAACUACGCAAAGCCUACAAGUUCGGUGGCGACACCAUAACUUUUACUCCAGAAGAGUUCACUCAAAUUCGCCAAUGUUUCGGCGAGCCUAUCAUUCGUAUUGUUGGCUUCAAGCCGCUCUCGCUUCUCCCUCUCUGGGCCAACAUAGGCAAAGCAACCUUCGUGUACCCCUCCGAGGCUGACUUCAUCGGCUCAACACGCGUCUUCUCCGCUCUCCAGCAGAAGCUUAUCAAGUCUAAGAAAAUGGCAUUAACUUGGUUCGUGGCACGCAAGAACGCGUCUCCUGUCAUGGCGGCCAUCAUUCCGGGCGAAGAGCGCUACGAUGAGAAUGGCGAGCAGACAAUGCCACCGGGACUGUGGCUCGUUCCACUACCAUUCGCAGAUGAUAUCCGCCAUUGCCCCGAGCAGCCCGCAGAACCACGCACAACAGAUGAACUGACAGACAAAACGCGCAUCAUCAUCGAGCAGCUACAACUACCAAAGGGUGUCUACGACCCAAGCAAGUAUCCCAAUCCGGACCUACAGUGGUUUUACCGCAUCUUGCAGGCCAUGGCUCUCGAAGAAGAGGUUCCUACUAAACCGGAUGAUAAGACGCUACCCAAGUACAAGCAGAUCGAUAAACGCGCAGGUGAAUACAUACAAGCAUAUGGUGAGGAAUUUGAGAAAGUGUUCGCCACCGUUGCUCGCUCCUCGAUAACCUCACGCCCGAAGGCCGCGGCGAAGAAGCGGCCUGCAGCAGCAGCAGCGGCAGAUGACGACGAGGACGACGAACCGAAGCCAAAAAAACGUGUCAAGAAGGAGCCUAAAGUGAAGAAUGAAGACGGGGAUGACGGUGUGACGGACCAGCAGAUGGCUGAUAUAAAUGAUAAAGGCCAGAUCAGUAAGCAGACUGUUGCUGUAUUGAAGGAGUACCUAGCUGCGAGGGGACAGGCAGUCAGCGGGAAGAAAGCGGAUCUCAUUGAGCGAGUGCAGGAGUAUCUGGAGGAUAAAGGGCUGUAA